AUGAAGAAGGAAGGACAGCAAAGCAAAGACGAGCAGGUAGACGAAAGCGUACUGAAGAAAUAUGACAUCGUGAGAAAAAUAGGAAAAGGAGCAUACGGAAUAGUAUACAAGGCCAGGUGUAAAAGGAACAGAAAAAUUGUGGCAGUGAAAAAAAUUUUUGGUGCGUUCCAAAACGCUACAGAUGCACAAAGGACAUUUCGAGAGAUCAUGUUUCUGUAUCAACUGAAUGGACAUGACAAUAUCAUCACACUGAUGGAUGUGAUCAAGGCAAAGAAUGAUAACGAUAUAUAUUUGGUUUUCGAUUAUAUGGAGACAGACUUACACGAAGUGAUAAAAGCUGAUCUGUUGGAAGAAAUUCACAAAAGGUAUAUCAUUUAUCAGUUAUUGAGAGCACUUAAGUAUAUUCACUCAGGGAUGUUACUCCAUCGUGAUAUCAAACCUUCAAAUAUCCUACUCAAUUCCGAAUGUCAUAUCAAGGUGGGAGACUUCGGAUUGGCGAGAAGCAUAUCUACAGAGCUAAAUGAGAAUAAAAUUCCCGUACUAACUGAUUAUGUCGCUACGAGAUGGUAUAGAGCUCCAGAAAUUUUGUUGGGAAGUACCAACUACACGGAAGGAGUAGAUAUGUGGUCUCUUGGAUGUAUCAUGGCAGAGCUUCUACUAGGGAGACCUCUAUUUAGGGGUAACUCCACGAUGAACCAGUUGGAGAAAAUUAUUCAAGUUAUUGGAAAACCAACAAAAAAGGAUAUAGAAGAUAUUAAGUCUCCCUUUACAGAUACGAUUAUUUCCUCCUUUGUUGAUAUUAAGAGAAAAAAUUUUUCUGAGAUUUUUUCGAAAGCUUCUGUGGAGGCACUUGACCUUCUAAAGCAACUUUUGCAAUUCAAUCCAACUAAGCGGAUCACUGCAGAGAAUGCACUGAGGCACAAGUACGUCGAGCAGUUCCAUUCCAUUAUUGAGGAACCUGUGUGUAGCCAUAUCAUUACUAUCCCCGUGGAUGACAGCACCAAGUACCGAGUCAGCUUCUACAGGAAUAUUGUUUACUACGACAUCAUGCGGAGGAAGAAGUACCACCCUGGUGGGCGCAGCUUUGAGGGGGGCGGAAAAGCGGGCAGUGAGGCGGCCAUCAGUGAGGCGGCCAUCAGUGAGGCGGCCCUUGGUGAGGCUGCUACCGGUGAGGCGGCCACCGGUGAGGAGGACCAACAAAGGGAGACCCUCCCCCCCCCUGCGAGCACCAGCAAGGGGAAGCUACAGUCAAGCGCAGCACCCACGAGGGAGGAAAAUGCGACGAGGAUCACCUCACACAGCGGAAAAUGCGCCCCCAAAAUUAGGAGCACGCAAAGUAUACACAACGGGAGAAGUGGCAGGAGUGGUAGAAGUGGCAAAAAUGGAGACGCAGGCCCCACCACAGAGACCAUCCACAACAACAAACCGGCGAAGCGUCAGCCUAAGAAGAUCGGAAAAAGAGAGUGCCCCGAGGAGAGGCACAACGGAAAUGCAAGCGGGCAUCCGAAUGAGAAACAUUAUUACGAGAUCGCUGGUGAGGACAGAACGGGUAGGGGACUCGACGGUUAUCAACGCAAAGAGGUGAGAAGCGCGAAAGUGGAGAGUAGGGAAAGUAGGCCCAAGGCGUCUAAUGGAGACGCGGCGGGGAAGCUCCACAAAUGGUCCAGUGAGAGGGGUAAAGCGGUCGCCACAGCGGCUUCCGUCAUGUGGGGCAGAAGGAACGAUGAUAAGGGGGGGUAUACAGGGGAGAGGAGGGUCGACGGGAAAACUGCGAGCGUAAUUAGGGGAGAGCGCAUGGACGGGCGCGUGGACGGUCGCGUGGACGGUCGCGUUGACCGGCGGGCGGACAAACUGGUGAGAAGCCACCUGGUGAGCGCGGCCGACGUGGAGGCGGUAAAGGCGGACCCCCCCAGAAUGCAGCCCGUUGCGCCCCAGAAAAGGGAAACGGUCAAGUGGAGGAAGCGAGGGGGUGACGCGGGUGCAACGGCGAAACGUGUUGACUUUUGCGGGGCCCACUGCCACGACGUCACAGCAACUGCAGAAAAGAAGAAUUUAAAAAAGUGA